UUGAAGGAUACAUUUGACCCGAAGUUCAAGGUUAAAGGAAACGACAAGUGCGCUUGAACGGAAUUACAUAAACUAAAUCAGAAAAAUAGAAAUGGCUAGUUCGGCAGUGGUCAAGAUAGCUCCAGUAAAAAGAGCCUUAUUACAAUUAAUUCAGACAAGAUGUGCACAGACAGCAGCAGCUACAGAGGUUGCUCCAAGAAUGAAGAAAUUCUCCAUCUAUAGAUUUAACCCAGAAAAGCAAGGUGACAAACCCAAAGUACAGACAUAUGAACUGGAUCUUAAUAAAUGUGGUCCUAUGGUUUUGGAUGCAUUGAUCAAGAUAAAGGAUGAAAUGGAUCCAACUUUGACCUUUAGAAGGUCAUGUAGGGAAGGUAUUUGUGGAUCAUGUUCCAUGAACAUUGGUGGUGAAAACACACUAGCAUGUCUACGAAAAAUUGAUCCUAACACCAGUAAAGCAAUGAAGAUUUAUCCCUUGCCACAUAUGUAUGUCAUUAAAGAUCUGGUUCCAGAUAUGAGCAAUUUUUAUGCCCAGUACAGAGCGAUUGAACCCUACCUAAAAAAGAAGGAUGGUUCUGAGAAAGACAUUGGUAAAACCCAGUAUCUACAGUCAGUAAAGGAUAGAGCUAAACUGGAUGGUUUAUAUGAGUGUAUAUUGUGUGCAUGCUGUAGUACAUCUUGUCCUAGCUACUGGUGGAAUUCUGAUAAAUAUCUUGGCCCAGCUGUUCUCAUGCAGGCUUACAGAUGGAUGAUUGAUUCCAGAGAUGAUUUUACCAAUGAAAGACUGUCCAUGAUGGAAGACAAGUUCUCUGUGUACAGGUGCCACACCAUUAUGAACUGUACAAAGACAUGUCCAAAGGGAUUGAAUCCAGGUCUGGCAAUAGGAGAAAUCAAGAAGAUGUUAGCUCUAUACCAGAGUGAAGCAAAGACAGCCAAAGCUUAAUUAGACUUAUCAUGUGAUAGAGUGACAUCUUUUUUAAAAAGUUUUCCAACUACUUUUAUAAUGUUUUAGUUGUUAUCCUAUCUUGUUUUUUGUGUUUAGAACUUUACUAUUGGCAUUCUAUCAUUUUGAUAAAAAAACUAGCAGUUCAAAAGUUCUGCUGUUGAUAGAUAGAGAGAAAGAGAAGAAAAAUUAAUAAUAAUAUUUUUAUUGUUAGAAUUAUACAUAUUUUUGUGUUGAUAUAUCUAAUGUCAUAAGGAAUUCAACACAAUCAGAAUUCUUUUCUGAAAUAAAGUCAGAAAAGUAGGUUUGAUUUAAAACAUAAAAAGAUGUCUUCCUGAGAAGUGAAUUUUAACAUCUUUAUUCUGAAUUCUGACACUCAAUGCUGAAUGAUCGCACAUAGAAAUCUACCAGUAUUUUCUAUUGAAAUUCUACUGCUAUACUGGAGUUAUAAUAGCAACAUAGUAGAAAUUUAUAUUAUGUUAUCAACAAAGCUUUACUUUAAUAUUAUAAAAAAAGCUUUGCAAAUAGAAAGUAUGAAAAAUUUCGAUGUUUAUAGACAAAUUAUCUAUUUUCAUAAAUAUAAUAUACUAAUUUAUUACUUGCACAUCAUGGUACAACUGUUGGAAGAGGAAAUUAGUUGGCUUGGCUUUUUAAAUAAACAGUUAGAAUCAAGUAAGCUUUUUUAAUUGAUAUCUCCAUUUUAAUAUUACAAAAAAAACAUGUAUCAUGGUUGCAGAUAAUUCUAAAUUAUAAAAUGAUGCUAAGUAACAAAAUGAAAUCCUUUCAUUAUGGCAAUCAUUUUACUAAAAUCAGUAACAUAUGGUAUUAAAAAGAUUUUGUGUAGCACCUGCUUUUUCAAAAAGCAAAUAUUGUUUUCUGUUAAAUAAGUAAUAUAUAAAUAUGAAGCUUAA